AUGCGGAAACACAAUGUGAGUAGUAAUGCGUUGCAUCCCACCUGGAUUCCCUAUGUUGCAGCGAAAGCUGGCGAAGAACAGUUACACUUCUCCCUCAAACUCAUGACUGAUGACUGGAGGUAUGAGCGCCCAUCUAACGCUUACUUUCUGGGAGAUUUCAUAAACCUGGAAGCCUCAGUGGUGCGUGCUAAUCACGUUCCUCUGCGGGUGUUCGUGGAAAGCUGCGCAGCUACUUUGGGCCCCAGCGGGGAAGCUGCCACCAUGUACACGUUCAUCGAGAACAGCGGAUGCUUGAUGGAUGCAAAGCUGACAAAUUCCAGGUCCAGGUUCAUGUCCAGGAUACAGGAUGACAAGUUACAAUUUCAGAUUGAGGCGUUCAGAUUUAAGCAAGAUUCCCUUGGAAUGAUCUACGUCACUUGUCAUUUGAAGGCUACUACCACUUCCAGUCCCACUGAUAUGAUGAACAAGGCCUGCUCAUUUGUUAAAGAAACAAACAGCUGGACUGCUGUAAACGGAGAUGAUCAGGUGUGUGGUUGUUGUGAGACAAGCUGCACCAUGAGGAAGGGCAGAAGUCUGGAUACUGAUGAUUCCACAUUGGAAGAUGAGGCUACUAUUGGGCCGAUUUUUGUCCAUGAACGGCUGUCAGUGGAGGAUGAGCCUCUACUGCAAAUUAACAAGUCUUCUCAGGUGUCGUCAAAAGAUGCAGAGUUCUCCAAGGAGUUGGUGCUCAUGACUGGUUUGGUGGUUGCAGUUGGACUUGUGUUUGUCAUUAUCCUUGGAACGUUGUUUUACCAAAGGCGGCAGAGACGGCUUGUGUUAACUUGUGAAUGACGAUAAAAGCUGUUUUAUCU